AUGAACUUCCGAAGAAGCCGGCGGACGCGACGAAAUUCUAUGAGUAUUAUGAUGAGUGCGGAUCGGUGGAGGCAGUAUGGGAAGCGAGCCUCGAGGGUGGACGUCUCCGCAGACUCACAAUCCGAAGAAGAAUCAGACUCGGAGUACCAUCAGAUCAAGGACUGGAUGGAGGAGUGCUUCGAUCAGAACAGCCAGGACAGCAAAUCAGAUCAAGACAUCGAGGCGGAGCUAUCUAAAAAGCAGACACUUAUACUAUCGACAUUGGUGCCAGAUGAAAUACUGUUAAUGGAUAAUUUCGAUUCCGGGAACCCAAAGCGGUUUGUCGGAGUUCUGCUAAUGGCAGAUGUAUCCGGAUAUACGGCACUCUCCGAAAAAUAUAAUAAUUUAAAAGGCGGGACAUACCGGCUCACAGUCACUCUGAACACAUACCUAGGAUCACUGACAGAACUGAUAUACAGCCACGGUGGAGAUAUUAUCAAAUUUGCUGGAGAUGCGUUCUUAGCCUUGUGGAAAACAGACAAAAGAACCUUCUUAAGCCACACCAUUCAUACAGUUAUAGCAUGCGCUUUAGUUAUACAACAUUCAUUUGCUUCAUAUGAAACUGAUGUCAAAGUAAAUCUUAAAGUGAAAUUAGCAAUCUCAGCUGGGAAUCUCCUGUUCGCUCCCAUUGGAACUGGUAUAGAUAUGAAUUACGUUAUAUUUGGGCUGCCGGUGAUCGAAGCAAAACUUGCCGAAAGCCUUUGCUCUUCCGGAGAAGUAAAGUUGACCCCUUCUGCUUGGGGCCACUGCUAUUCAAGAAAUUACGAUCAUAUUGUGCAUCCCGAUGGACAUGUGACUAUUAAGUCAAUAUUAUAUGACCCACGUGAAAAAGAUGUUUCAAAACCAUUUACCGGAUUUGGCGCCGCUGUUAGAAAAAUAAAGAAAAACUUUACAGCAAUCGAAAAUCUGCCAGAUGAUUUUUUCGAAUAUUCGAAAAAUACAUCCGCGGCAGAAGAACAAAAAAAUAAUGAAAUUCUUAAUCUCCGUAAGGCGAUUUUACUAGCCGAAGAAAAGCAAAUUGGGUCCAAAAUACGAAAAUUUAUGAUUCGACCAGUACUGACACAAAUAGAUGCUCAUCAGCCACUUGAAUAUUUGACGGAAAUGAGGCUUGUUUCAAUUUUAUUUAUAACUUUAAAACCAGCCAGUUGUCCCCUUCCCCAAUUGAUAACAAUAGUCAAUAAUGCGUAUCAAAUAACAUGUGAAAUUGUGUAUAAAUCUAUGGGUUGUGUUAAUAAAAUAAUACUUUUUGACAAAGAUGUAAUGAUUCUAGUAAUUUUUGGACUGCGUGGAUUCAAACACGAAUCAGAAGCACAAGCUGCCCUAAAGUGUGGUUACGGUAUACGGAAAUCUGUUUCGGCACUAGAUGGUGUGCAAGAUGUAUCGAUUGGAGUCACAACAGGACAGGUCUACUGCGGGGUAGUUGGACAUCCACUACGAAGAGAAUUCACUGUCAUAGGGGCAAUUGUCAACAAAGCGGCCAGAUUAAUGUGCGCUUUUAAAAAUAAAAUAACGUGCGACGAAAGUACAUUUGUAAAAAGUAAAAUGUCGAAGAAUGGUUUUACUUUAAUGCCUAAAAUUGAUUUAAAAGGUAUCGGUUACGCUGGUAACAUUUAUGAAUAUACAGAAGAUAUAAGAGAAAAAGAAUUACACGAUAUACCCAUAACCCCACCUAUAUUAAACCGUAACGAUGAGAUCGACUAUUUCAAAGAUUGGCUCCAAAAUUCAACAGCGUUUAGGGAUUUUGAUGCCCUUUUAUUAGUUGGUGACCCGGGUAUUGGAAAAACGAGACUGUUAGAAUGGAUGGCUCGAUAUGCAAGAAAUAAUAAGUACAGAGUUAACUAUAUAAAUUUAACGUCAAUACACUCUGCCACUUCAUAUUUAGCCUUGACUCAAAUAAUAAAUCAAAUAUUAGGUGUUGAAGAACCAGCGAUUGGAUUUGUAAAAGAAGAGAAAAUAGUUCAAUUGAUUAAAACUUACGAUGAAGACCUUUGCUAUUUAAAUAAUGUAAUUAAAGUACGUUUUGCAUAUCACGAAGGUGUAUAUAGCUUAAAUGAAAAUAACAGAAGUGAAAAAGCAAAACAAAUGUUUACAAAACUGAUAAAGGCAAUACAAGAUGUCCAUGUCAUCUUUUUAGAUGAUUUGCAGAAUUUAGAUGUACACUCUUGGGAAUAUAUAACACUUAUGUUUGAAUCAAUUAAGUUAUUCACCGUAUGUACUGUUACACGUGGAAAGUUUAGUUCAGUUAAUAAUUGGUUAUAUGAUGUUUUUAUUAACAAUAGCAUAAGAAAAAUUGUUCUGGGACCUUUGCCUUCAGAUUGGAUUUCAGCAUUUGCGUGUCAAAUCUUAGAUGUUAAUGCUGUACCUAAAGAUUUAUGCUCAGCACUUAAAAUAAAAUGUAACGGAAUUCCAGGGUUAACGGAGAGCUUUAUCGUGCAUUUAUUUUCAAGCGGAGCUCUUGAAAUACGAAGGGUUACCCAAGAAGAAAUUGAUAAUUUUAAAGAAGAACAAUUGCAAUAUCCUGAUCUUAAUUUAUUACAUCCACAAGCGAUUAAUUCAGAAGACCAGGAACUUCUGGAUUCCUUUUUAAAAGAUGAUAACACAGGUGAAUAUUCAAUAUGUUUAGUAACGCAAAAAGCAGAAUUAAACACUAAUAUAAAUGUUCAAAAUAUAGACGCUUUGAUCAUGAUGCAAAUAGAUACAUUGACACCUUAUCAACAACUUUUACUCAAGAUAUCUUCAGUAAUUGGAAAUGUGAUAUCUAGAGAUCUCUUGGAAAAUAUUAUGUAUGAAAACAAUAGUAUUACAACUGCAAAAGCUAUCAAAAGGCUUUUUGAUGUAAGGUUAUUUUCUUGUGCAAAUGGUCUAUCUAAAUCAUCGAAAUCAAGAUUUUUAUCGGCACUUAGUAUUUAUUCAACAACAUUUCAAGGCUGUGAUGUCCCAACUUGUGAAUGUCCAUUUGAAUAUGAAGCCGAAAAUUACGGGAAUCUCCCAAAAUAUGCAUUUUGUAAAAUUAUGAAAUUCAGAAAUAAAAAUUCCCAAAAAACUUGUUACGAAUUACUGCCUAUGAAUCAAAAGAAAGAAUUUCAUUCAAGAAUUAUUUAUUAUCUAGAAAAUAAUAACAUAAAAUGCCCGGCUUGUGGUGGUACAUUUACAAUUGCACCACCUUGUAGAGAAAAUAGUCUGAUAGAUAUGGGAACUAAAUCUAGUGUAGAAUCAUUUGAAUUCAUAAACAACGAAAGUGAAGGUGAAGAUGAUCAUAAUCAAACUGAAGAAAAAAGGCGAACAAUUUUAUUCAACAAUUUUGAAAAGCAGUAUCUUAGAAGAACUGCAUCCACGUCUAUUUAUAGCACCCAAAAAGAAGAUUUUAACAUUCAAAGAGCUAGCAGUUAUAAUAAUAAUGAAAAACAAAUACCAAAUGAACGUGAUCCUUCCGUAUACACAUCAAUUCUAAAAAGUAAAGAGAAAGUUGAUAUUAAUAAAACUGUUAGCAUGAAAAGAGUCACCAUGUCUCGACUUUUGGUUAAUAGUAAAAGUUCAGACAGUAUUAAUGAAAAUCAUGUAUUCGAUAUGUUAAGAGCUGUAGCAGAAGCUAAUGAUUUGAAUGACUGGCAUAAUCUUCAUGUCAAAGAUAGUAAAGAUGAUCUUACGGGAGAUUUGAAAAGCAAAAAUAAAAAAUCAUUCUGCAUACAAAUAGAAAAAAAUGUUUCUCAAACAAAUUUUAAAAAAUGUACUUGUGCAGAUUUAAGUAUUGAAAUUUGUGAACAACUCAUACAUCAUGCUCAACAGGCUGAGUUAAAGGUAAAAUCUAUAGAAUUUACGAUUAAGUAUUGUUAUCUUAGUUUGGUAAAUGGAAACAUGGAAGAUUGUUUCCCAAAACUUGAAGAAGCAGAGAUUGCUUGCAAAGAUGACAAAUCAAGUGAAAAUUCAUCAUUAAAUAAAUUCGAGAAACGCAGAUUUUUGGGUCAAAUAUACACACUUAGAUCUACUUUGCAUUUGAUGAACGGACAUCUUCAGGCAUCGAAACUUGAAAUGAACAAUGCAACUAAAAUAUAUCGGAUCAAUUUGUCUAAAGGCUCUAACUUUUUAAAAUUCAACCGAUUUCUUAAAAAUAUUCAAUCUAGAAAUCGUAAAUAUCGUUUGCAUAAAGAAACUAUCGAAGCUGAUUCCGUUUAUUGUUUGAAUACAGCAACACUACUUUACUCCGCAUUAGGAGAUGAUAAAACUGCUAGAAUAUCUGCUUUAUGGGCCUUAGACGUGAUCAUGAAUGUUGAAUGUAACGUUAUUGACAUAUGUGAUGCAUUUAGUAAUGCAAUACAAGUCGAACUGGAUCGCGAGUCACCUGAAACUACUUUGGAAAUAGAGCAACUUGCUGGUCAAACUUUGCGGCAACUAUCUCAACCAAUAAAGGCUCAUGAAUUAUGUGCUGUCGGGAAACUCUUCAUGGCUACAUUUCGAGCUCGUUCAGCGCGAGGUGAAUUAGCACCAGCAAUUCGUUCUGGCUUGCGAUCUUUAACAAUUAGCCGUUUUCUCAUAGCCGAAAGUAUUUCGCUGGACAUAAUUCCGGACUUAGUUUAUGUUCUAAUCGCACGACGUCGUAUUGAAGAAGCUAUAGAUAUACUUUUACUUUGCUUACAUAUGGGUCAAAGUCAAAUGUCAUACGAUUUUGAAACUUGGUACUACGCUCUUUGCAUGGACCUGAUUUUAGACGCAGGUUUUCAAUUGGAACCUCCAUAUGAAAUAAGUCGAUAUGCAGAAUAUGCACUGAUUAGUGGAAGGUCAGCCGGGCCUAGUCGACGCCGUUUGGUUUUAGGACUGUGGACAUAUUGGAUGCGAGCAGACUUUGAUAAAAAAGCCAAAAGAUUUGAAGCUGAAGCCUUAAGUUGGUUGAAUAGCGAUGAGGAUUACGGUUCACUCACUACACUCUUGAGCUGCUUAAGACUUGCUGAGGGUUUGCUAGAGAGUUUAGCGCGAAAAAUAGAUGAUUUGAAGAAGGUUGUAGAUUUGAUGGAGCUGCGUUCGAUUGCGGAUAAACAACUUUCUAAACUCGAGAAGGACGUCCGACUUAUGAGAAGUAUUUACCCCCGAUGGCUCCUUUUAAAGGCCUACUCCUGCAGUUUGUCCAGUCGCAAAGCCGGAUAUUACUUUAAUCAGGCUCUGGAAGAAGCAGUGCGCGUCCACAAUCGUCUGGAAGAGUCUCUGGCUCGUGCAGCUACCUCUAACUCCAGGGUUUGGCAGCAAAACGCCCGUGCCGGGGUAUUCUUGCAGUGGCAGGCAGCAAAGGAACAAGUACAAAGUUCGUGGCAUCAACUUCUUUACAAAAUCACGACAAACAGGCAAUAACAGCAAAUCGUGGAA